GCACCCCGACAAAAACAAGGACCCAGGAGCCGAAGACAAAUUCAUCCAGAUUAGCAAGGCCUACGAGAUUCUCUCCAGCGAGGAAAAGAGGGCACACUUUGAUCGCUACGGAGACGCCGGGGAAAGCCAGGGCUACUCUCAGCACCAGCAUCGCCAGUUCCACCACUUCCACGAAGGCUUCUAUUUUGACGAGUCCUUCUUCCACUUCCCUUUUAAUUCGGAGAGGCGCGACACCUCUGAUGAGAAGUAUUUGCUCCAUUUCUCCCACUAUGUCAACGAAAUCGUGCCAGAUAGUUUCAAGAAACCUUACCUCAUUAAAAUAACCUCCGACUGGUGCUUCAGCUGCAUCCACAUCGAGCCUGUGUGGAAGGAAGUCGCUCAGGAAUUGGAGGCGCUGGGCGUGGGCAUCGGAGUCGUUCACGCCGGGUACGAGAGGCGCCUCGCCCACCACCUAGGCGCACACAGCACGCCGUCCCUGCUGGGGCUCCUGAACGGCAAGAUAACCUUCUUCCACAACGCCGUCGUUCGAGAAAACCUGCGGCAGUUCGUGGAGAACCUUCUGCCGGGGAAUCUCGUAGAAAAGAUUACAGAUAAAAACUACAUCCGCUUCCUCUCCAACUGGAAGAAAGAAAACAAGCCCCACGUCCUUCUAUUUGAUCACAUGCCAGCUGUGCCGUUAUUAUACAAGCUGACGGCCUUCGCGUACCGCGAUUACUUGUCCUUUGGCUACGUGUACGUGGGACUCCGGGGCACCGAAGAGUUGUCCAGCCAGUACAACAUCAACGUCUACACGCCCACCAUGAUGAUCUUCAAGGAGCACAUCGACAAGCCCGCCGACGUCGUGCAGGCACGAGAUAUGAAGAAGCAGCUCAUUGACGACUUCCUUUCCCAGAAUAAGUUCCUCAUGGUGGCCAGGCUCACCAACCAGAGGCUGUUCCAGGAGCUGUGUCCUGUGAAGAAGUCUCACCGUCAGCGAAAGCACUGUGUGGUCUUACUUACCGGAGAAGGCGAUAAGUUUGCUAAGGCUUACGAGGCAUUUUUGACUUUUGCUGCGGCCAACACAAAAGACACCCUGAAGUUCGUGCACGUCUAUACCGAUCGGCAGCCGGAGUUUGCGGACGCCUUGCUGAUGGAUGAGGAGAAGUAUCGAGGAAAAUCAGCUGUGGUCAUUCUGGAGAGACGCAAUAACGCAGGGAAGAUCGCCUAUAAAACCUUGGAGGAGGCCUGGCAAGGCAGCAAAGAGGACAACUUCAUCCUCCUGGAUCUUCUGGACCAGCUGAGGACUGACCCCGGCCUCCUCUCUUCCGAGACCGUCCUGGAGGACUUGAAUGACGAACUCGCUCCCAUGUUCCUUCUCCGAUGGCUCUACUCCACGCUGGACUAUGUCUCGGACUGCUGGGACAGUUUGUUUCACAGUAACUGGCGAGAAAUGAUGCCGCUGCUGUCCUUGCUCUUCUCAGCGCUCUUCAUCCUCUUCGGCACCGUUAUUGUUCAGGCUUUCAGCGAUUCGAGUGACACAAGGGACUCUCCUCCCUCCGAGAAAGAAGAAACCGCCGCAAAGACCGAGAAGAACGACGCGAGCUUCAGCAAAGAGAGUAACAGCAGGAUUCCCAAAAAGGGCUUUGUCGAGGUGACCGAGCUAACAGACGUCAACUACAACAGCAACUUGGUCCGCCUGAGGCCGGGACACAUGAACGUGGUCUUGAUCCUCUCCAACUCAACCAAAACCAUCCUCCUCCAGAAGUUUGCCCUGGAAGUCUACACGUUCACAGGGAGCAGCUCCCUCCAUUUCUCCUUCCUCAGCCUGGACAAGCACCGAGAAUGGCUGGAGUACCUGCUAGAGUUCGCGCAGGACGCGGCCCCCAUCCCAAACCAGUAUGACAAGCACUUCCUCGAGCGCGACUACACGGGCUACGUCCUGGCUCUCAAUGGCCACAAGAAAUAUUUCUGCCUCUUUAAGCCUCACAGAUCAGGGGACGAGGGGGGAACCCUGGGGUCGUGUGAGGAUUACAACUCCUCGCUACACCCGGAAGCCAGAGGGAAAUCCUCCUGCAGCCCGGGCUCUCGCUCCAUAAAAAGCAAGUUACACAAAUUGUCCUUUUGGAUGGAACGCCUCCUCGAGGGCUCCUUACAGAGGUUCUAUAUCCCCUCGUGGCCCGCGCUAGACUGA